ACGUAGUGCGCAUGCGCGCUUCGGCCAAGGCGCUGCUCUGAGCUCUUGCUAAAGAGAAUGAAACAGUACGAGACAUGGCUAGGGAUGGCGAGGGACACGAUCAGAAUCCUAGCACGGCUGCUGAUGCUCUUCUAAACGGAAGGGGGCCUUAACCACACUAAAGCUGAAAAAAAGGAAAAAAAAAAAACAGACUGUAAUAAUCUUAAUGAGGACAAAGAGUACUCCACAAAUGUGAAGACUUCCUGGGACCUUCCAGUAACAGACUAGAUAGAUGUUUUGUCCACAAGCUUACGCGACUAAUAAUGAAUGCCCAGCUGAUGAUGGAGAAUAUUGGCGAUCUGCAUGGGGUGAGCCAUGAGCCGGUGCCAUCUGCGAUCGAUCUGAUGAGCAGCAGCAGCCCUCAUCAAAGGAGCUCGGUGGCCCAUCGUAGCAAUCACUUGCCAACCCAUCCUCGCUCCAUGGGUAUGGCUUCCAUUCUUGACGGAGGCGACUAUCAACAUCAUCAUCACCAUCACCACCGACCCCCAGACCACACUUUAACGGGACCCCUACAUCCUACUAUGACCAUGGCUUGCGAGACACCCCCUGGGAUGAGCAUGAGCGGCACAUACACUACAUUAACUCCACUGCAGCCUCUACCUCCCAUCUCGACCGUCUCGGACAAAUUUCCACAUCAUCAUCACCAUCACCCCCACCAGCGAAUACCAGGCAAUGUAAGCGGCAGCUUUACCUUCAUGAGGGAUGACAGGGGUCUAGCAUCUAUGAACAAUAUUUACACCCCUUAUCACAAGGAUGUCACCGGUAUGGGGCAGAGCAUUUCUCCGUUAUCCAGUGCUGGUCUUGGGGGUAUUCAUAACUCUCAGCAAGGACUGCCCCACUAUGCUCACCCCGGUGCCACUAUGCCAACAGAAAAGAUGCUUACUCCCAAUGGAUUUGAAGCCCACCACCCAGCCAUGUUAGCAAGGCACAGUGAUCAGCACCUGACGCCUCCGUCGGCUAGUAUGAUGCCUAUUAAUGGAAUCCAUCAUCAUCCUCAUGCCCACCUGAAUGCCCAGAGCCAUGGGCAAGGUCUGGGAUCAUCCCGGGAGCAAAAUCAUGCCUCUUUGACAGGAUCGCAGAUCAACAAUGGAGGUAAUUCAGGGCAAAUGGAAGAAAUCAAUACCAAAGAAGUAGCUCAGAGGAUCACCACCGAGCUAAAAAGGUAUAGCAUUCCGCAGGCCAUUUUCGCCCAAAGGGUGUUAUGUCGGUCGCAAGGGACACUUUCUGACUUGCUGAGGAACCCCAAACCGUGGAGCAAGCUGAAGUCCGGUAGGGAGACCUUUCGAAGGAUGUGGAAAUGGCUCCAGGAACCGGAAUUUCAGAGGAUGUCUGCUCUAAGGCUUGCAGGAAGCAAGAGUAUUUCAUGCAAACGAAAAGAACAAGAACAUGGCAAGGACAGGGGAAAUACACCAAAAAAGCCCCGGUUGGUCUUCACAGAUGUCCAGCGUCGAACUCUACAUGCAAUAUUUAAAGAAAAUAAGCGCCCAUCCAAAGAAUUGCAAAUAACCAUUUCCCAGCAGCUAGGGCUGGAGCUCAGCACCGUCAGCAACUUCUUCAUGAAUGCGCGGAGGCGGAGUCUGGAUAAGUGGCAAGACGAUGGCAGCUCCAACUCUGCCAACUCAUCGUCCUCAAGCACUUGUACCAAAGCGUGAAGGAAUAACUGCAAACUAAUCCUCGGUGGAAAAGCUUUAAAAAACAAAGACCAGGACCUCAAGACAGCAGAUUACUUAUCUGAACUAUCUGAAAAGACAAUAGGAUAUUUUAAAUCCAAAGAAACCAAAGACUUCAUUCACCUGCAUUAAGACUUUGUUCUGCAACACCGUUUGGUAGAGUAGAACAUCAGGCAAAAAAAAAUGCCACUGGUCAUACACCUUCAUUCAUGAUCAUCGUUCAAUGUUUUUGGCUGUUUGGUGGUUUGGAACAUAGUGAUUGUUGUCAAUGAAUGGACAUCACUUCAAACAUGACGCAUUUCAUUUCUACAAAAUAUCGCCAUGAAGGUGUGUGAUGUGUCAGUACUGUACAUUUGCCAGUGGUAAGAGACAUUGUCAGGGCUGGUCUGAUGAUCAGCUUAUAUUGUGGCAUGGUCAGGCCAUUAAAGAGUCAGCUGUCUUCAUCUGGACACUGAACUGAUUCCAGAUCUCCCUGUUUGAACAUGACAGCUCCAAGAUCUGGAUACAUUGCUCAAAGGUCUGGAUAAAGUGUUCAAAUCUGAGGGAGUUAUAAUGAAAAGCACCUAAUAAAAUGCAUUCUCUUUGUUUGUUAAGGAGUAUCCAAAAGAAAACUUGUUAAAAAAUGGAAAACAUCACCACUUGUAGGGAAAACUCGGUACCAAAGAACAUAGUUAAUACAGCAGGUAUUUUUAUUACACAUUUUUUAGCAU